CUCAACGAUCUGGUCACUUAAUCGUCACAGCGCGGCGGCACCCAGCAUCAGGAGGACCUUCGCUGCUACACCCAGACGACGCAGGCACGAUGAGGCUCCUGCUGCUGGCGCUGCUGGUGGGGGCAUCCUUACUGACGGUGGUGGGGACGGAGGCAGAGAAGGUGGAGGCGACGGAGGAGGAGGUGGUGGUGGAGAAGGAGGUACUGUCCAAGGGGAGGGAGGAGGAGGGGGAGGUACCUGUGGUGAUGACGUCCACAGGUAAAGUUUCGGGAAUUCGCGAGAAGACGACGGAAGGGAAGACGUUUUUCUCCUACUACGCCAUCCCCUACGCCAAGCCGCCUGUGGGUGACCUCCGCUUGAAGGACCCUCAGAUGAUCAACGGGUGGGGCGGCGUGCGGGACGGGUCCAAGCCCCCGCCCAUGUGUACCCAGCUGUCCCUCAUGGCGAUGCUGACCGGCGUUGAGAGCAGCGUGGAGGGCGAGGAGGACUGUCUCUACCUCAACAUCUUCACCCCCAAGCCGCGGGACCAGCGGCCGCUCCUUCCCGUCAUGAUCUUCAUCCACGGCGGCGGCUACCAGCACGGCUCGGCGGAGGAGUACAAGCCACACGUCCUCCUCAACGAAGACAUCGUCCUCGUCGUCAUACAGUACAGGCUUGGCGUCCUUGGCUUCCUGUCCACCGAGGACGACGUGAUCCCCGGGAACUUCGGCCUCAAGGACCAGACCAUGGCGCUCGCCUGGAUACAGAGGAACGUGCCCUCGUUUGGCGGCGAGCCGCUGAAAACGACGCUGUUCGGGGAGAGCGCCGGCGGCAGCUCCGUCCACCUGCAGAUCCUCUCCCCAAAGUCCAUCGGCCUGUUCCAGCGCGCCAUUCUUCAGUCCGGCACGGCCCUGUGCCCCUGGGCGAUGGGGGCCAGACACGCCGACGUGGCCGAGUACGCCGGCAACGUCUUCAACUGCAGCACGGACGAGGGCAGCGAGAAACUCCUCUCGUGCUUGCAGGAGGCGGACCCGGGCAAGCUUACCUCAGUCGGCUAUUUUACCGCGGAGUGGCUCUUGUUUCCCCUCCUGCUGGGCCCGCGCGUGGACGGCCAGUUCCUCCCCGCCGACCCCGACUACCUGAUGAAGGAGGGGAGGCACAAGCGCGUGGACCUCAUCAGCGGCAUCACGCGGGACGACGGGGCCAUCUUCACCCUUAUGACCUACGCGAACGAGAUGGCCCGCUCGUCCCUCAUGUAUGACUUCAAGAACAAGGCGCCCUAUAGCCUCGAGUUCCGCCCGGGAGACGUGGCGCUGCUCAACCAGACCGUCAUAAUCUUCGACCGCUACCUCAAGGGCCUCAACGUGGACGCCGAGCAUGCCGACGACGUGACUGCGAUGUUCACGGACCGUCACUUCGCCGUGUGCCAUGACCUCACCACCCAGCUGUACUCGGCCACGGUGGCGCCCUACAAGAACACCACCUACAGGUUCGAGCUGCGGCACCGGGCCAAGCGCUCUACCGCUGACAUGUUCCAACUGAGCAUCGGCAAGCACUGGAUCCCACACAUGGACGACCUCAUGUACAUGUUCGAGGGGGGGCCCAUCUUGCCGCAGCUGGAGGACGAGGUGGACCUUAAGCUACGGAAGACUAUUCUCAAACUGUGGACCAACUUCGCCGCUACUGGGAACCCCACGCCGGACGACUCUCUAGGGUUCGUGUGGGAGCCUGUGAAGGGCGGGGAUCUCAAGUACCUGGCGCUGCAGCCCUCGCCAGCCAUGGAGGAGGACUACAGGAAGGAGACACGCGACUUCUGGUACUCCCUCCCGCUCAAGCAAAACCUUUACCUCCACCCUGAACGAGUCCCCAAUCUGGUCUACACACGCGUUGAGGAGGACGCCACCACGGACACGCCGACGCAGGGAGAGGCACCCCCGCCAGCGAAGGGGAAGGAGGAGCUAUGAAAACACUCACUUGUAUUCUUACCAACGUGAUACUCAACUCGAUGACGCUUUAGACGACCCGAUAAGCCUACAGAAGGUGCCGAAGUGUUCAACAAAAGUGUUCGGAAUAAAUGAGUUUUUCCUACA